UAUUAACCACUGCGUUUUAAACAAACGAUCUCUGUAGACUUCCCUCCAUCAGAAGAACAUGCUGAUGUACUCCUCUCAUUCGCUAUAAUGCAUGGAAAAAAUUUACUCCAAUUUCGCAAAAAGAGUUCCCCAUCUCUCCAAAUUCAACUCCAAUUUCAACCUCUCAACCCACAGAAAUCUCUCAUCAACCACAAACAUCGUAGAUUACAAUGGGGAUUUAUCCACUCGAUUUACCUUCCUUCUAGAAAGCUGUCAUGGGCCUUUAGACCUCAACAGAGGCCAACAAAUUCAUGCCCAAAUCAUCGCCAAUGGGCUCAACAACAACAGCAUCUUGGGCGCUAGGGUUGUGGGCAUGUAUGUUAACUGCGAAAGCAUUUCCAGGGCAAAAGAUGUCUUCUUCCGGAUCGAAAAAAGGUCCAGCUUCGCUUGGAAUCGGAUGAUCAAGGGUUUCACCAUCAUGGGUCUGUUUGACUUUGCUUUAUUGUUCUAUUUCAAGAUGUGGGUCUGUGGCGUUUCGCCCGACCAAUAUACGUACACUGAUGUGAUCAAGUGUUGUAGAGGUUUAAAUGCUGUAAAUUUGGGAAGGUUGAUACAUGAUACGAUUCGUCUGAUGGGGUUGGAGCAGGACUUGUUUGUGGGCAGUUCAUUGAUUAAAAUGUAUGCAGCUAGUGAUUGUAUCGAUGUGGCCCGCGACGUGUUUGAUCAAAUGCCAGAGAGAGAUUGCGUUUUGUGGAAUGUGAUGAUUGAUGGGUAUAAGAGAAUUGGGGAUAGGGGAAAUGCUAUUGGGGUUUUUAAUAGCAUGAGGAUGUCAGGUAUGAGACCAAGCUCUGAAUCGUUUAUGCUUGUGGUGUCUAUUGCUGCUUCUGAGGCUUUGUUGAAUUAUGGUACCCAGAUUCAUGGACUUGUGAUAAAAUGCGGUGUGGGUUUAAAUGCGUCGGUGGCUAACACAUUAUUGGCUUUGUAUGCAAAGUGUCGAUGCUCGUCUGAUGUAAAUAAGUUAUUUAGGUUGAUGCCACAGAAUGAUUUAGUGGCAUGGAAUGGAAUGAUAUCCGGCUGUGUGCAAAAUGGAUUAAAAGAGGAAGCUAUUGAUUUGUUCUAUAGGAUGCAAAGUUCUGGUGUUAAACCUGAUUCCAUAACAUUGACUAGUUUUCUUCCUUCGUUCUCUGAUACUGCCUGUCUGAAACAAGGUGAAGAAAUUCAUGCUUAUAUCUUGAGGAAUGGAAUCACUAUUGAUGCUUUCUUAAAGAGUGCACUUAUCGAUAUAUACCUUAAAGGCAAGAAUGUGCACAUGGCACAAAAGGUAUUUGAGUCUUCUAGAACAGUGGAUGUGGUUAUAUUUAGUGCAAUGAUAUCGGGUUAUGUGCUUAAUGGGUUGAAUCACGAUGCUUUGCAAAUGUUCCGUCAGUUAGUAGAUACUAAACUAAAGCCUAAUUCUGUUGCACUAGCCAAUGUUUUGCCCAUUCUUAAGAAUGCAUUUGAGGGAAUAUGCUUUUUGGCCAGUGCGCUAAUGGACAUGUAUGGCAAAUGUGGUAGGCUUGAUCACAGUCACCAAAUAUUUACAAAGAUGUCAGAAAAGGAUGUAAUAGCAUGGAACUCAAUGAUAUCAAACUUUACCCAAAAUGCUCAACUGGAUGAGGCUAUCAAUCUUUUCCGACAAAUGGGGGAAGAAGGAAUGAGAUAUGAUUGUGUCACUAUAUCCUCAACCUUAUCAGCAUGUGGAAAUUUACCUUCACUUCAUUACGGGAAAGAGAUUCAUAGUCUCGUAAUAAGGUGCGAGUUGGGAUCAGAUUUGUUUGUCGAGAGUGCUUUGAUGGAUAUGUAUGCUAAAUGUGGGGUUUUGGUUCUGGCUCGUCGUGUGUUUGACUCAAUGGAGGAAAAGAGUGAAGUAUCAUGGAAUAGUAUAAUCGCUGCUUACGGGACUCAUGGCCUAAUUAACGAUGCAGUAAACUUAUUUCUGCAGAUGGAAGAAGUAGGAUUUAGGCCGGAUCAUAUUACUUUCCUUCACUUAAUAUCAGCUUGUGCUCAUGCCGGUAAAGUUGAAGAUGGAUUAAGAUUUUUCCAUUGUAUGAGUGAGAAAUAUUGCAUCGAGCCUCGAAUGGAGCAUUAUGCUUGCAUGAUUGAUUUAUUUGGCCGUGCAGGACAGUUAGAUGAAGCCUUGAAUUUCAUAACUGAUAUGCCUUUUAAACCUGAUCCUGGUAUUUGGGGUGCUGUUCUUGGAGCUUGUCGAGUUCAUGGAAAUGUCGAGCUUGCUGAACUUGCUUCAAAGCAUUUAUUCGAGCUGGAUCCAGAAAAUUCUGGGUACUAUGUGCUGAUGGCGAAUAUAAAUGCUGUGGCUGGACGAUGGGAGGGAGUUUCGAGAGUUCGAAGCUUGAUGAAGGAGAAAAGAGUGCAGAAAGUGCCGGGCUACAGCUGGAUUGAAAUCAAUAAUAACAACCAUAUGUUUACUUCUUCAGAUGACAACCAUCCUGAAAGCAAGCAUAUUUACUUGUGCAUGAAGAGCCUCCUUCUUGAGCUUGAAGAAGAAGGUUAUGUUCCGAAACUUGACAUUGUCCACCCAACGGAGAUGAACUGUUGAUAACAGCUUGAACUUCUAUAUUUAGAGGUAACAAUUUUGAUUAAAUUAUUUUACUGGUAUCAUUAUUUUUUGUCUUGUACACUAUGAUCUUUUGUGAAGGUUACUCAUUUUGAGCAGCGAAUAUGAAAUAAAGCUACACCAGGAGAUGUGUGGUUUCAUAUUUCAUGUCAUCAUCAGUUGUAUUCUAGAUCAUUUUGGACAUAUUCCAAUUAUAGUUAACGGCAUUUUUGAAGGAUUUAUCAGAUAAAAUCCAAAUUCAUGUGA